GCGUUUUUCUUGUGAAACUCCCUCCGGAAGUGCCGCCAGUGGCUCCUGGCGGACUUGACGCGGUGGAGAGCAGGGUUGGGAUUCAGUGUGGCUGUGGCAGUAAGGGAAAUCGGGGAAAACUGGGAUCCAAGGAGAGGGGACUCGGUCGUGACCGGGACUGAACCGACAGGCACCCCGACACAGCGUGGCCUUUUUCGGGGUGGGAUUUACGUUCCCGUCGCUCCACUUCGGAUUUCCAGCUGUUGACUGCGGCUUUUUGCCUGGAACCUCCUGGGUCCGCACUAUUGGAUCGUCCCUGGUGAAGUGCUGGAGCUGGACUGAGCAGGAGCAGACCAAAGAUGGAGCAGUUGUCAGAUGAGGAGGUGGAGGUGAGAGAGGAAGAUGGAGAUGAGGAGGAGGAUAGUGAUAAAGAGGAUCAAGAUCUGGAUAAGAUGUUUGGGGCCUGGUUAGGAGAGCUUGACAAACUCACACAGAGCCUGGACGAUGGCCGCCCCACUGACCGCUCCAAACAGCAGAAAGCCCCUCUCAGGCAGGAGACAAACAUGGCCAACUUCUCAUACAGAUUUUCAAUAUAUAACAUCAAUGAGGCAUUGAACCAAGGAGAAAAUGUUGACCUGGAUGCCCUCAUGGCCGACCUCUCAUCCAUUGAACAAGAACUCAACACAAUCAACACCAAACCUGGCGCUGGUGGUAUGGCUCGACUUGGGCUCACAGACACAAAGGUGCGUCAGAAGCCUCCCGCAGGUCGCAGUAGCACAAGGCAGACAGCAGGGGGCAGUGGCAUCAACAGUGUGAGUGGAGGAGGCACCAGCAGUGGGGCCAGCAGCAGCAGUAGCAGCACCAGAGCCUCACCUGCAGGAACCAUCCGAGCCGCCCCAGGGCAUCAUGGGAGACCGGCGCUGGCUUCCAACUUCAGUCUGGAUGACAUCACAGCUCAGCUGGAGAAGGCGUCUCUGAGUAUGGAUGAAGCUGCUCGGCAGACCUCCUCUCACUCUCUAAGCUCCGCCUCCUCCUGCACCUCAGCUCCACUGCGUCGCCCUGGGUCCUCUGCUCGCCAGCACAGACGCACAGGUUCAGUGGGCACCGUCAGUGAACAUGAGGUGCGUUCAAUUGUCCAGUCAUCCCGUUCAUCUGUCACCUCAGCGUCAGGUGUCUCUGUGAACUCUGCUUCCUCCAUGGACUCUUUGGACAGUGUUCUCCGAAAUGAAGAUGGACAGAGCUCAAAGGGGCCAGAAGAGGGCGCCGGACACAGCAGCACAGAGCACUCCUAUCUGGACAGGGAAACCUCACUGAUUCUGAAAAAUAUAGCAGGAAAGCCCACCCACCUCCUGACCAAGGAGGAACAAGCUGCCAAGCUAAAGGCCGAAAACAUCCGUGUGGCUCUGGAGAAAAUCAAGGAAGCCCAGGUGAAGAAGUUGGUGAUCCGUGUUCAUUUGUCAGAUGAGAGCUCCAAGACCAUGAUGGUGGACGAGAGACAGACUGUCAGACAGGUUCUAGACAGUCUGCUGGACAAGUCUCACUGUGGUUACAGUCCAGACUGGUCUCUGGUGGAAACCAUUAAUGAGCUGCAAAUGGAGCGUAUUUUUGAGGAUCAUGAGAACUUGGUAGAGAACUUACUCAACUGGACCAGAGACAGCCAGAACCGCCUGAUGUUUACUGAACGUAUCGAAAAGUACGCAGUGUUCAAAAAUCCCCAGAACUAUUUGCUGGGCCGUAAGGAGACAUGUGAGAUGACUGAAAGAAACAAAGAAGCUCUAUUGGAGGAGUGUUUUGGAGGCACCUCUGUUUCUGUUCCUGAGAUGGAGGGAGUACUGUGGCUGAAAGAAGACGGCAAGAAAUCGUGGAAGAAGCGAUAUUUUCUGCUGAGGGCAUCUGGUAUUUACUACGUCCCCAAAGGAAAGGCCAAGGCCUCCAGAGACUUGGUGUGUUUUCUCCAGUUGGACCAUGUCAAUGUGUACUAUGGUCAGGACUACAAGAGCAAAUACAAGGCUCCAACAGACUACUGCAUGGUGCUCAAGCAUCCUCAGAUCCAGAAGAAGUCACAGUACAUCAAGUACCUUUGCUGUGAUGAUGUCCGAACCCUCCAACAGUGGAUCAACAGUAUUCGAAUUGCCAAGUAUGGGAAACAGCUGUAUAUUAACUACCAAGAAGCUGUGAGAAGGUCCGAGGCUGCUUAUGACUGGUCUUCCCUGUCAUCAUCUUCUAUCAAGUCAGGAUCUAGCUCUUCAAGCCUUCCAGAAUCCCAGUCAAACCACUCCAGCCAAUCAGACAGCGGCGUGUCUGAGCUGGCCUCCUCAAGCCACACCCGCUCCCAAAGUGUGGUCAGUUCCAUCUUUUCUGACGCCUGGAGGAGAGGGACUCAAGGAGAGAUGAUGAGGAUCGACCCUAUCAGUAGGCCCAUCCCAGUGCAGAUCCCCACGCUCUCCGCACAGCCGCUGUCUCUGUCCCAGCCCACCACCCCUCGCACCAGCUACACCGAAGAACUCAACUCCGACGAGUCUACCCCAUCGCCCCCAUCACCCCCACCCCCUCCACCUCCUCCGCCAGUAGAGCCCAUGGCCCACCAGCCGACUGCUACCUCCUCCUACGUCAAAUACAGCACACUGGCUCGCCUGCAAAGCCAGAACCAAGCACGGCCCGGAGUAGGUCUGAACACCGUGCCGGCGCCGUCGAGCAAGUCUAACUAUAACACUCUUCCAGCGGGAUACAACACCGCCCCACCGCAGCCUCCAUCACCCCCGCCUCCCCCACCCCUCGCAGCCCCGGCACCUGGAUCAGCCAUGGCGGUGUUGAAGUAUGGUCCUCCUAGCCCUUCUUCUGGUCUCCCCCCUCCUCCCCCCAUAGAGGAGAUACCCCAGGAACCAUCCUAUCUCCCCCCUCCACCCCCAGAGACCCUCGAAGAAAACUGUCUGCCCCCACCACCUCCGCCAGAGCCUGUUCAAAAUUCUUGUGCCCAGCUCUCCAAUGCCGGGUUGCAGCAAUUCUUGGCACAAAAGUUUCCGAAUAUGGUUUAUGAUUUCAGCCAAAAUGAGGAAAGCUCCGCACCCCCUCCACCUGAGUUGUCGCCGCCUGCAACGCUUCCAAAUCUAAGACCCUUGUCACCCAAUGCACCUCCCCCAGCACCACCCAAAACAUUCACUAGCCCCUUCCCACCUCAGUCCGCUCGCAAACUUUCAGGGCCCACUUCUCUUCCAAUGGCUCUUUCCCCAGUAUCCCCCACACAGCCAUCCAGUACACAUGGGUCGUUCAAAAAACAACAAAGCUUUUCUACAGGUCAUUCCCCGAAUCAACCUCCGCCCACUCUACCCAAACAGCACAGCUUAUCCUCCAAAAACCUCACUGCCCUCUCCCCAUCUGCGUCAUCCGCAUCAGUGUCCAUUGCGGCCGCUACCUCCUCAUUGGUUAAACAGAUUGUCAAUCAGUUCCCUGGAAAUUCCCCGCCCUCCUCUUUGCCAAUGUCCAACUCCACUGAGGGGUCCAAGUCCAGCGCACCACAGUCUCCUCCAGCGGUCAAAGCCAAACCAAAAUGGCAGCCAGGAGGGGUGGUGCAGUCACCGGAGUUCCCCCCACCCCCAAAUGAUAACUUCCCGCCACCUCCUGCUUCUAACAGCUCGUCAAAAACUGGAUCUCCAAUAAAGAAAUCUCCCUCCUCUUCCUCCACUGGGUCAAACAAACGCGGGCCACCUCCAACCCCACAGAGAGCCUCGUCCAUGCGCUCAAAUUCAGGGGAGGCACAGGAAGAAAGGCCUAAGAAAGUGGAGAGCCUUGUGAAUAAAUUUGGACAAGGGGCUCAAACAGGGACAUCUUCCAGUUCAUCAUCAGCAACUGGGUCUCCCUCGAAGGAGUCGUCUGCUCCUUCAGCUCCUCCCAAGCCAGGUAAACUGAACCUGGCUAAUCUGCCUUUAGCUCUGCAGGGCUUACAGACUGGACAGCAAGCGGAGUUCCCCUCCCCACCUCCUCCACCUCCCCCCUCUCAGCCGCUGCACAUUGACUCCCCCGAUUACUUCCCUCCACCCCCCACUGACUCUGAGCUCUUCCCUCCUCCACCGCACCCAUCUGAAUUUCACCACCCGCCCAAAGUAGCGGUUGUGAAUCCUCAGCCUCAAAUGCAGCAGAAUCCAACAUCAUGGAAACAAAGCUCUCUGAAAAAGGGUGCAGUGCCUCCUCCAACACUGUCUCGGCGCACCAGUAAUACACCCCAGUAUGACAUGGUGCCUUCAAUGCCCCUUUCUCCGCCCCCUAUGUCCCAAACCCCGCCUCCUUCCUUAACGUCCUACUCGUCCUCUUCCUCCCCUGUGCCUCCCACCUCUCCUAAAUCUGUGGGUCCUGCAUCCCUCGCACUUAAGUCCAACUUCCUUGAAGACCUGAAUCGCACCCUGAAGAGGAAGUCUGUGUCUCGUCACGGCUCGCUCACCUCCUCCCACCUCAUCACCUCAUCCAAGAUGGAGCCCAUGGCCACAAUGGACGACAUGGCACUUCUCCCCCCUCCUCCCCCAGAGCUCAUGCAGCAGCAGCAGCAGGGCAGCCGGGGGCACUCAAAGACUCUGUCCCGCCAUCACACGCACUCCCAGUCCGCUAAACACGCCAACAUCUCAGGCUAUGCAACGCUGCGGAGAGGCCCGCCUCCCGCACCGCCUAAAAGGGACCAAAGCACCAAACUGACCAGUGAAUGGUAGAGGUGGACAGGUAUAGAGAGAGGAUCCCAAUCUUACUGUGUGUAAUGGCUGUGACGAGGAAGACAUAUGUUGUUUACCCUAUAGAUUCUACUAUAGGAAGCAUUACUCCCCUAACUUUAUUUUCAAUUGGUUUCUUAAAAAUACUCUACCUCUAUGUCAAAAUUUAAAACCCACAACACAAGUGUCACAGGAAAAGUUACCUUGCAGGACUGAGGGUAAAUCAAAGCCGUUACAUUUUUGCCAAUGGGAACACCGCUAUCUCCUCCUCUAGGUCUCUGUUAUUGGGCAAGGACACUGGCAACGCCUAAAGAAGUGACUUAUCAUGAAAAAAAAGUCUCAACAUUUCAUUCUAAAUCAUUUACCAGGAUACAAGUAGCAAACCCAGUUUCCUAAUCUUAAUAUAAGAUUAUACUUGUUCCCAUUAUUCUCAUUAUUAAUAUUACCAAUACAUGUGUUAAUCCAAUGAGUAAAACUAUAUAUGUGUAUAUAAUAUAUGUAUACAAGCAAGCCAGAAAUGUCACCUAUUAAGCUUUUUCACAAUGUCUGUGCAGCUUUGCAAUUCAAAAGUAUAAAACAAGACUUGAACGACAACAGCAUCAAAGAGACAUUUUGCUGCAUUUGAUCUGGUACUGCAUGGAGCCGCGGCUAAGGAAGUAGCAUUUCAGAUGAAGGGAUAAAACACAGAAGGAAUCAGCCAAGAAGAAGUGAGGAUGUAAAUAAAUGAAACUUGAGGAGCGGGGCACUCUGAGAAGGAGCAUUGCCAUUUUUAAACUUUUUGUGUUUUUAUAUAAGAUUAUUUAAUACUGGAAAGAUAUUAUAAUUAUUUUAAGUUUAUAGAGUCAAAGAAGAAUGAGUUUGACUGGAUGUGUACCCUGUUGAAAUGUUGAGUUACCAAACUUAACCAGUAGUUUGGGUUGUUUUGCCUAUCCAUUUCCUUCUAUUUAUAGUUUGUCGCUACAGUAAUAACAGACACUAUGCAUAAGUUUUCCCGAUCUCUCUCUUUUUAAAUGUAUUGAGUACAUUUGACUGAACUGUAAGUGGCUCGUGUGAAAGACCACAGUUGUGUUGGGAUUUCUCUGUUGGACUGUUAUUUAUGGAUGAAUCAACCCGAACUGUGUAAUCUGAGCUCAGCCUUAACAUGUCUGCAACAUUUUGGUGCAAGUGUGAUUCUGAUACAGGAGACUAUCAGGAUGUCUGUUGAGUCAUUAGUCAGUGCGAUAGUUCUUUGUUUGCUAGAUAGUACGUCAAACAGCCAGUCAGCUGCACUGAACUCUGUUUGACCGAUCAUCCGUUUUCUACUUAAUAAACCAUUCACAAAUUUUGUCAGUUUAA